AGGAGGAGAUGGUUCAGAUCCCUGCAGACUGCAGUCGGAGUGUUAGAUGGUGGAUCGGUGAGACGCUGUGGACCCGCAGCUAAUGGAGCAUAGCUACGGGGAGGUGAACCAGCUCGGCGGGAUGUUCGUCAACGGGCGGCCGCUUCCCAACGCGGUGCGGCUCCGGAUCGUGGAGCUGGCGCAGCUCGGUAUGCGGCCCUGCGACAUCAGCCGCCAGCUGCGUGUCUCCCACGGCUGCGUGUCCAAGAUCCUGGCCCGCUAUAACGACACCGGCUCCAUCCUGCCCGGGGCCAUCGGCGGCAGCAAGCCCCGGGUCACCACCCCCGCCGUGGUGAAGAGCAUCCGGGAUUACAAGCAGGACGACCCGGGCAUCUUCGCCUGGGAGAUCCGGGACCGGCUGCUGUCGGACGGGGUGUGUGACAAGUACAACGUGCCGUCUGUGAGCUCCAUCAGCCGGAUCCUCAGGAAUAAAAUCGGGACUCUUUCACAGCCGUAUGAGAGCAGCAAACCGGCCCCGGCUCAGCUCCAGUACGGACACGUCUACCCGUACUCCUCCUACACCGGGCCCGCAGUCACCCACACUGUCUGGAUCUGAUGCACACGCAGCCAAAAUGGAGGAUUGGACCAGUAUGACCAGCAUGAGAGCGUUUCCCAGUGGAAUCAGUGCAGUGGAGAAAACCAACAACGAGCCAGACCUCAAAUACCCACAGCAGACUUCAUCCAGUCUGCCUGGUUACGUCUCAGCUUGUGCGUAUUCUCCACCGAACCAGUACGGUGUGUACGGAGGUCCAGCAGCCAACUACAUGAGCACUGGACACCACUGGCAGCCCCAGUCCUGCAGUCUAUCUCCCAGUUUGACCCAGAGUCAGGCUCGUCCCGGCCCUGCAGCCCCGCUGGAGGCUGCAGAUUUCCACACUGCAGCAACCUUUAGAUUUCCACAAAGAGACGAGGACAGGAAACCUCAGGGUCCUCUGUACAAACAUCAUCCUGCUGCUCACAGAUUGUCUUCGGCCUCGUGACGACGCAGAGGAAUCACAAGAAGACGAAGAUGUGACGCUAAAAGACUGUCAGGUUUUAUUUUCUGAGGACAGUCGCGAUGUGGUGACUUUGAUAGAGCUGAAGACCUGAAGGAGAAAUCUCCUCUGACUGUUACAACUCAGCCAGGAUCAACUCCUUGCAGUGCGGUGAAGGAAAAACACAUAAAAUGCACCCAAAAAUGUAAAAUCCAUCACCAUUCGUUUUCCUUUUAACGGCCUGUUUUUUCCCCUUUAUACCCUGAACAGAAAUAAACACAGUUUUAAAGUAAUGAUUCUACAUUUUUAGGAAAUAUGAGCAUAUUUCCUGAAAUGUAGAAUUAUAGCUUUCUCGCUGAGAGUUAGAUGAGAGGAUGGAUACCACUUUCUUGCCUGUCUGUUAAACAUUACGCCACAGCUAGCAGCCAGUUAGCUUAGCUUAGCAUAAAGACUGGAAACAGGGUGAAAAGGCUAACCUGGCUUUAUCCAAAGGUAACAAAAUACACCUUCCAGCACCUCUAAAGCUCACUAAUUGACACACUUAAUGUCAUUUUGCGAUGGGUAAUGUUCCAGGCUAUUCUUUCAUCCAUGCUGAUGCUGUCAUAUAGAUUACAGAAAUAGUAACAUAACCAUUUGGAAAACAGCAAAUAGUUGUUUUUAAUUCGAUACGCAGUUUUUGUACAGAUUAAACAACCAA